AUGAAAGACAAAUUUGUAUCACUCUGUAUCCGCACACCUAUAUUACUGAUAAAAUGUGGAGAGAAGAUGAGGAUCACAUCAAGUCACCUCUAAUUAGUAUUAUAUCACAAGAAGAUGGAGAUGGAGAUGGAGAUGGAGAUGGAGAUGGUGUGUUUGAGGAAAUGAAGAAGCAGUUAUGGUUGGCAGGCCCUCUCAUAUGUGUCUCCCUCCUACAGUAUUCUCUGAACCUCAUUUCGAUCAUGUUCGUUGGUCAUCUUGGAGAGUUGUCUCUCUCUGGUGCUUCCAUGGCUACCUCCUUCGCUAGUGUCACUGGUUUCAGUUUAUUUAUGGGAAUGGCAUGUGCGUUAGAUACGCUAUGUGGUCAAUCGUAUGGAGCAAAGCAGUACCAUAUGCUAGGCAUAUACAUGCAGAGAGCAAUGGUGAUACUUAUGUUAGUCAGCAUACCCGUAGCUCUUAUAUGGCUCAACACAGGGUCCAUCCUAAAAGCCGUGGGUCAAGACCCGGACAUAUCUAGAGAGGCUGGAGUGUAUGCUCAGUUCAUGCUUCCAAGCCUUUUCGCUUAUGGCCUCCUCCAAUGUCUUGUAAGAUUUCUACAAACACAAAACAUUGUGUUCCCCAUGAUGGUGAGCUCAGGGAUUGCCACUUUGUUACAUGUGUUGAUUUGUUGGCUUUUGGUGUUCAAAUCUGGCCUUGGUACCAAAGGGGCUGCAUUGGCUAAUUCCAUAUCGUAUUGGAACAACGUCAUUUUAUUAGCACUUUAUGUCAAGUUUUCAUCUUCUUGUGUCAAAACUUGGACUGGGUUCUCUAGAGAAGCGAUCCAUGGUAUCCUCCCUUUUAUCAAGCUCGCAAUACCUUCGGCGGUUAUGGUAUGCUUGGAGAUGUGGUCAUUUGAGCUGAUUGUUCUGCUUUCCGGGCUUCUUCCAAAUCCUAAAUUGGAGACCUCGGUGCUUUCAAUUUGUCUUAAUACGGCAGCAGUGGUGUGGAUGAUUCCUUUUGGAUUAAGUGGUGCUGUUAGUACGCGGGUAUCAAACGAGUUGGGAGCUGGACAUCCACGCACAGCCAGAUUGGCAGUGAUUGUUGUCCUAGUGGUGGCCGUUGUAGUCGGAAUAUUGGUUGGAUCAGUUCUGAUAUUGAUCCGUAAUAUAUGGGGAUAUGCAUAUACUAGUGAGGCCGAAGUUGUAAAGUAUGUAGCAUCCUUGAUGCCAAUUCUAGCAGCAUCAAACUUCAUAGAUGGUCUCCAAUGUGUUCUUUCAGGUUCUGUACGAGGAUGUGGUUGGCAAAAGAUUGGCGCAUACAUUAACCUUGGGUCAUACUACCUUGUAGGCAUCCCUUUAGCUGUUUUACUAGCUUUUACAUUGCAUAUUGGAGGAAAGGGAUUAUGGUUCGGGAUUAUUUGUGCAUUGAUCGUCCAAGUAGCUUCGUUGGUGACCAUUACUAUACGUACAGACUGGAAGAUAGAGGCUAAGAAGGCACAAGAAAGGGUCUAUGAGUCUUCAUUGCCUAUGGACAUUGUAUCAUGACGAUGAAGUUUGCAAAGCUUGGUGGUGGGAAGGAUAAAUUGGAGCUAGAUUGAAGAGAGGAUAAAUUUAGUGACAUGAUUAUAGAUUAUAUUUACGAACGAUUAUUAUACAAUAUGCUGAUAUAAGUUACUGAAAUCUUUCAUCAAAUAGUUGAGUCGUAUAAACAUUUGCUGAAUAUUGGU